UCCACUUAUGUAAGUUAAUAUUUUAAUGUUUACUGUUAAAAUACAAUGUUAAAUGUGCUGGGCUUCUGUAUUUCUGUCACUCGAAAUAUCUACGGUAGUCAUGAAGAACGCACUACUUGAGAUUACGUCAGCGCCGUCCUUCUACACUGACCGUAUUUUAUCAAUGAGCGCCAUCUAGCGGUUACGUCAUAAUCGCAUCGUUAAUGUCUAUUGUUGCAUCAAUUAUUACAAUGACUAAUUGGACCUCUUAUUUGAGAUACAAUUUAAUAUUGCAUUCAUACUCAUAUUUCCACCGCUCGUGUUGCUUUUAUUGAUCGAUUAUAUAGCUUUUCUUUGUGUAUUAUAGUGUUGUAUUAUAGUGUUGUUUUAGUUUUAUUUUGUACAGAAAGUUUGUUGAACAGUUUUACUGGAGUACUGUUUACAACUUGGAGUAAAUAUGGACGACUCAAUGUCCAUCCAAAGAUCUUGGGUAGAGAGUUACCUUGAUGAGCAGAGAAAGUUCAUCAGAGAGUUCCUGACUCUCCAGGAACAAGGUGUACUUCACCCAUACCUCAGUGUCAAUCACAUGAGGAGAUGGAUCAUCUCUGAUACAAGGAAGGCCUUCCUGAAAAGAUUUCAAGAAAUGGCAGAAGGGACAGACAUCCACCUCAUUGAGCUGAUGUUGAAGGUAAAAGCUCACAAUACACUUCUUGAGAUCGAGCAGGGAGUUCGUAGAGAGCUGAGUGUUAUCCAAUGCCAACAUCACCAGUCUUCAGUAGAGGCAACCAUGGAGGGGCAGCAGCUCCUGACCAACAAGCCCAAGCCACUGGUUUCUUCCCAUGAGCCUCUGGGGACUACAGCUGUGAUGAGUGGUGAUGUUGGAGGUGGUCUGUCAGACAAACAGGCCCAACCUGAGGUCAGGUCAGAGGAGAUGCUCCAGGUGAAGCCCCUCUGCCAAACUGAGGUGGAGGUUCUGAGUAGCCUGGUUGACAAUGCAACUCAUGGAGAAGACCAGGAGAUGAAUGAUGAGGUCCUUGUGGCAGAACCAAUCACCACUGCCUUCUUAUCCACAGCAGUGGAUGUCAGAGAGGUCCAGGAGGGCCUGGUGGACAAGGAGAAGACGGUUGAGGUUCUGGACCAGAGCAUUUCUCCAAGGAUCCAAAAGGCCCUCAGAGACAUUGAGGCCAUGGUGAACUCCAGAAGGAAGACCAAGGUUGUGCCAAAGCAGCUUGUGGUACUUGGUUCCAACAUCAAGCACAUCGUCACUCAGGUGCUGUUUCACUUAUAUCAACCAGCCUUUCAGGAAGAAGUCUGUUUGGAGACAGCUGCUAUCGUGGACGACACCCAAGCUCUUCUGUGGUCUAUUCCCUGGGUUCAAGUCACAGAGGAGGAGGAGCUGUCUAACUCCCAGUGCAUUGAUACCUCUGAGGUGACCAAGGCUGUCAUUAACACCCUGGAUAAGGUACUAGGCCCCAAACCACUGGUAGGAGCUCUGGGAAUAGGCUCACAGAUAUUGAGCAGUACCUGA